AUGUUUUUUAUUUACUGCAACCAGUAUUUCGACAUGCAAGGGGCAUGCGAAAUCAUAAAUCAACAUCGCCCACGCCAUCACCCCAUUCUGUACCUGGCGCAACGACCUUUCCCCACAGCACCCGCACCUCAAACAUGUGAUUCCGCGCGGGGCAGAGCAAGCGGAGUGGCGGGGUUUUGCAUGCACUGCACCGUGCCCCACGACAGCAAGCAAGCCUCCCCCUGCCCGUUCCUCCCCUCCCAACCAACCCCAAGCUCCCCGUCAACUGCUGGGGUGGAGGGGUUGCCUGCGCUUCACACACUUCCAAGCAACACUACAUUUGAGCCCAACGAGCAACACAGCGACAAACAUAUCCCACCCACGCCCUGCAAAUACCUGCUCCACGCUCGUCUCUUCGUGCAUGACCAACCACACCCCCCUCUGUUCAUCAGUGUAGCUCCCAGCAUAAGCUCAGAUCCGACAGCAGCAGCAGCUGUUCCUCGUGUUCCUUCCACACGCCUCGCUAAACUUCGCUUGACCGGUUACACACUCCAGCGUCCCGCCACUUUCGCGAUCUUAUCGCGUGUCAUCGCGACGGUCCUUUUCCCCGCGUCUUCCGCCGCUGCGCCGAUGGACUUCCGCGGGCAGUCGGAGACCGGUGGUUCGGGCGGAGGCGAGGGGGCGCGGUCGGCCCUUCCGCUGCUCAACUUCGGCAUGGGGUCGUCGGGGCUCAUGGCGUCGUCCGACCUCAUGGGCUCGCUGGGCGGCGCCGCCGGUGACGCGUCGCUCAGCAUGAUGGUCGGCCAUGCCGCGUUCCAACCGCAGUCCGGUGCCCCCGCUCGCAGCCCGCCUCUCAUGGCUUCCACCGGCAACGCGCCCGACGGCGGCGCUGGCCAAGCGAACCAAUCAGCGGGCGCUGUCGCGCCGAAGACGGAGAACGGUGCAGGCGGCGCGGGAAGCGCGGGGGUGGUGGCGCGCAGCGAGGGCAGCGACGGGGAGCAGGGCGGGGGAAGCGGGCGCGACGAGCAAGAGCAGGGCGGCGAGGACGGCGCGGACGAGGGCAUGGGAAUGGACGGCGCGGGCCGGCCGGUGGGCAUGCGGAGCGGGGGCCGCGUGGGGUCGAGCCGGUACGAGUCGCAGAAGCGGCGCGACUGGAACACAUUCGGGCAGUACCUGAAGAACCACCGGCCGCCCGUGGCGAUGUCGCGGUGCAGCCCGCAGCACGUGGUGGAGUUCCUGCGCUACCUCGACCAGUUCGGCAAAACCAAGGUGCACGCCGACGCCUGCCACUUCUACGGGCUCAGCGGCCCGCACCCCUGCGCGUGCCCCAUGAAGCAGGCGUGGGGCAGCCUCGACUCGCUCAUCGGCCGCCUGCGCGCCGCCUAUGAGGAGAACGGCGGCAAGCCCGAGAACAACCCCUUCGCCGCGCGCAUCGUGCGCGUGUAUCUGCGCGACACGCGCGAGCAGCAGGGCAAGGCGCGCGGCAUGUCGUACGAGAAGAAGAAGCGCAAGCGCCAGGGCGCGCAGCCGCAGGCGCCGCCCCCCAGUCAGCCGCAGGCGAUGCAUGGCGGAGCGGGGGAGGGGGGAAGGGGCGGCGACGGCGGCAGCAGCAGCAAGGACCAGGUGGGGACGUUCUCGCCGCCCGCCGUGGAAAGCGGCGUGAGGCACGGCCAGAACGACGCCACCGUCGCUGGCAGAGGCGGCGCGGGCGUUGGGGGAGGAUUGGGCGCGGGAAGCCUGCAGGAGCAGCGCGGACUAGGGCACCUGCUGGGGGCCGGGGGGAACGCACUGAUGCCCAUGGGCGGAGGCCAGGGCGCACCCGGCAGCAUUCAGCAGACCCAGCAGCCAUCCUCGCUGCUAUCACUCCCGUUACAGAGUCAGCAGCAGCAGCGCAUGGGGGAGACGCAUCAGGGGGCGGGGCAGCAGCAGGGGCAGGCAGGGCAGGCGGGGCAGGGCGGGCAGGGGCUGCUGGAGCAGUUCAACGCGACGUUGCGCAACCAGCUGGCGCUGCAACACGCGCUGCAGGGCCAGGCGCCCAACGCGCUGGGCGAGCUGAACGGCGCGUCGCUGCUGGAGCUGGUGCAGCUCGUGGGGGGAGGGGGACAGCCGCCCCCGCUUCAGCAGCAGCAACAGCAACAGCAACGGCAGCAGCAGCAGCAGCAACCACAGAUGAUGCAACAUCAGCAGCAACAAUCUCUCCAGCAGCAGCAGCAACAACAGCAGCAACAGCAGCAACAGCAGGGCGGGCUGAGUCAGGUGCUGAGUCGGCUGCUGAUGGGGCAGGGUGCAGGUGCCCCCGGCACCAAGGACCUGCUGGGGCAGGUGGCAGGGCUGCAGUCUCUGCCGCCCGAAGCCAACCUGCUCGGCCAGCUGCUGCUCUCGCAGGCGCUGGGCGGCGGGGCGGGCGGCAUGCCCAAUGGGAAGCCACUGGGGGGCGGGACAAUGGGGGGGAUGGGCAGCAACAAUGGGGGUGUGGGGAUGCAGAACGGCAGCGCCGCAAGCGACCCCGUGGGGCGCCUGAUGCAAGGCAUUCCGCAGGCGGAGAGAUCCGACAGCUUGCCCCCUCUCAUGCUCCUCACCUCGCGCCACCCACCCAUGGCUCCCUUCCGUCGCACCACUCGCUGCGUGCUGACGCCGCGCGCGCUCCUGCUGGCGCUCGCGGUUCUCGCUGUCGGCGCGCACAGCAAGCGCGUGAAGCGGCGGCAGCAGCCGGCGGCGAGCGCGCCUGGCGACGAGGGGCCGGUGGAGUCGUCCGUCUUCGCGCGCCGCCUCGUUACCGCCGACGUGUCGUAUCGCGAGAUUCUCAAGGAGCACGCGCGGUACUGGAAGGACACGGCGCACCGCCACUUCAACGGCACCGUGCUCGCUUACGUCACUCCCUGGAACGGCGCAGGCUACGACAGGGCACGGCAGUUCCGCCGCAAGUUGACGCACGUGUCGCCCGUCUGGUUCCAACUCAAACGAGAGGGCGGCAAGCUGCAGGUGGCGGGCGGGCAUGACGUGGACGUGCCGUGGAUGGACUCCGUGCGCCAGGAUGGCGCUCAGGUGGUGCCACGUGUGCUGCUGGAGGCGCAUGACACGUCAGGCAUCGUCAGCUCUGACGAGGACGCAUCGGAGGCCAUUCGGCUCAUCCUGGACACCUGCAGGCAGCAUCACCUGGACGGGGUGGUGUUGGAGGCAUGGUCCACGUGGACGGCCACCAGCCUGCUCGCCUCGCCCCCCCUGCGCGCCCGCGCCCUCGCCUUCAUCUCCGGCCUCGGCACCGCUCUGCACGCCACGCCCAACCCCGCCUCCCCCACCGCCCACCUCUCCUUCUUCCUCGUCAUCCCCCCCAACGCCGCCGCCGCCCUCCCCCCCGAGCAUCAGCGCACCCUCCCUCCGCACGCGUUCACAGCAGCAGAUUUAUCAGCGCUGCAUGCGCACGUGGACGGGUUCUCUCUCAUGACGUACGACUUCUCCCCGCCCUCGCACCCCGGCCCCACCGCGCCGCUGCCGUGGGUGCGGCUGUGCCUGCAGGCGCUGCUGCCGGGGGUGACGCCGCGGUAUGCAGGCGCGUAUGGCGAGGGCAUGGGGGUGGGCGACGCGGAGUGGCAGGAGGAGCUCAGGCGAGGCCGCGAGCUGAGGAGCUUUGUGGGGGAUGAGCAUGGAGAAGAGGAGGAGGGGAAAGAGGAGGAGGAGGGGGGUGGGGUGGGAGGAGGAGAUGUAAAGGAGAUGGCUCGCAAGGUGUUAGUGGGACUCAACUUUUAUGGCUAUGAAUAUGGCCCGAACGAAGACUACCGCCCACUGCUGGGCACGGACGUGGUGGACGUGCUGCAGCGCUACCAGCCGAAAGUGGCGUGGGACCCCGAUGCGCGCGAGCACGCUGCCUCCUUCACCGCGCGCCCCUCGGGCAUCCGCCGCGCCGCCUUCUUCCCCUCGCUGCUGUCCCUCGCCCUGCGCAUGCGCGAGGCCAGUGCGUGGGGCGCAGGGCUGUCGGUGUGGGAGAUCGGGCAGGGCCUGGACUACUUCUUCGACCUGCUCUAG